AGUUGGGUAAAUCAAACCAAGCGGACUCCAACCUGAACUGUCAGCUGUAGUAGGAGCCCUCUGUCUGCUGAGUACCAACCAGCUCGACAGAGACACCCGGAAGGCACGAAAGUCAAUUGAGAGGGCAGCAUGAACCGAUUUAAGACCUCAAAAUUCAAAAACACAACUCCGAAAAUUGCCAAGAAAGACGAAUGGAUCAACAAUGUCCGUGGUGGCUCCUUCUCCUGCCAGGGGAACCACAUCCAAGCCAGCUCCAAGCUGGUGGCGUUUAAUACUGAGCAGGCCGGUGGAGGUAUGGUGGGCCUGACUUCAGUCAAACCUGGCUCAGAUGGCCAAUGGACGGUUACUCAGAUUUCCUGCCAUUCAGACUUGGUCACUGAUAUGGGCUUUUCUCCUUUUGAUGAGAGUCUCCUGGCAACAUGCUCUGGAGAUGAAACAGUGAAGCUUUGGCGUCUGUCUGACCCCGAGCUGGAGCAGCCCAGUGAACCGGAGCUGACCCUACGUCCAGGUCUGGGCAGACUGGAGCUGCUGCUGUUCCACCCCACCUCCUCUGGCUUGCUGGCUGUAGGCACCACCAAAUCCCCCCUCAUUUGGGACACCAGCCGCCAGGACUCACCUCUAGCAGUUCUGGAACAGCACAGUGAUCAGCUGCAGAGUCUGAGCUGGAAACAGGACGGUUCCCUACUGGCCUCUUCCUGCAAGGAUAAAAUGCUGCGAGUGUUUGACCCCAGAGCCCAGCUGACACCUGUUCAGAGUGCCAAGAGCCUGCAGAACAACAAGGACUCUCGUAUCAUGUGGGCCAAAGAAGACUUUUUACUGACCACUGGCUUUGAUAUGAUGCGGACUCGGGAGGUGAAGCUGUGGGACAGCAGGAAGCUGAGCUCUUCACUUAGCUCAGUUUCACUUGGUACUUCCAGUGGGACACUGAUGCCUCUGUUUGAUGACGACACUGGUCUGCUCAUUCUGGCCGGCGUGGGAGACACUGUAGUCGACUGCUUUGAAGUUUCUGCCUCUGAGCCUUUCCUCUCUCAAGUGAGCCACUGUCUGACGGAUAUAUCAACAAGAGGUGUUGCCAUGGUACCCAAGCUGGCAUUGGAUGUCAUGUCUUGUGAAGUCAUGCGUGUGCUUCAGCUGACAGACAGUUGCAUCGUGCCAAUCAGCUAUCAAGUUCCUCGCAAGAAUUCAGGAUUUGAGUUUCAUGCAGACCUGUACCCAGAUACAGUGGGCACAACUCCAGCCAUGUCUGCUGAGGAGUGGUGGAAGGGAGGGAACAAGCAGGUGGAGAAGGUUAGCCUGCACCCAGAUAAACAGCCCAAACCCAAGGCUACACCAGCCAGUCAGACCCCAGCAAAGAAAGAGCUGACCAGCAGGGGGAGCAAGGAGGAUCCAGGACAUGGCUGUUCUACCUCUAGUAGUCCUCUGAGCACGCCCAGUAGCACCGCUGCACCGUCCCGCUCCCCCUCCUCCACCUCCGGCCUCUCCUCAGGCUUCCUCCCCAGCCCCAGUCCCAGCCAGAGCGCCAAAGCCAUCCACAACCUGCUGGGAACCACCUCCAAGUUCCGGCACAUUCAGGGUGCAGUGAUGCAUCGGGACACUCACAUUACCAACGUCAGGUGCAUCAACCUGACCACACCGGGCGAAUGUGACGGCUUCUGUGUCAACAGCAAGCAUGUGGCAGUGCCGCUGUCCAUCUCUGGAGGCCAGAUCGCUGUGUUUGAGCGCUCUCAGCCUGGUAGACAACCAGACACAGCCCUGCCAACCAUCCAGAAUUCAGUAAAUGUGGCCGAUCUCUGUUGGGAUCCCUUCAACAAACACCGUCUGGCUGUGGCCGGUGAUGAUGCUAAGAUCCGGAUGUGGCAGGUACCAGAGGGUGGACUCAAAGAGACCCUGACUGAGCCUGAGCUCAUCUUACAAGGGCACACAGAGAAGAUCUAUUCCAUUAAGUUCCAUCCUCUGGCCAGUGGAGUCCUGGUGUCUUCGUCCUAUGAUCUCACUGUUAGACUGUGGAGUCUGGAGAGUGAAGAAGAGGUCAAACUCCUCACUGGACAUGAAGACCAGGUGUUUUGCAUGGCAUGGAGCCCAGAUGGGAAGCUCCUGGCCACUGUUUGCAAAGAUGGGAAAGUUCGCAUCUAUGACCCGCGCAAGUCGACUACACCUGUACAGGAGGGCCCAGGUCCUGAGGGCCACAGGGGAGCUCGUGUGGUGUGGGUGUGUGAGGGGAAGUACCUGCUAGUGUCAGGAUUUGACAGUCGCAGUCAGCGAGGGCUCUACUUGUACUCCGCUGACUCUCUGUCCUCUGGAGUCAUAGCCAGCGCUGAAAUAGACGUCUCCCCCUCCACACUCAUCCCUUUUUAUGACCCUGACACCAGCGUAGUCAUCCUCACUGGAAAAGGUGACACCCGAGUGCACAUUUAUGAGAUAGUCCCUGAAACUCCGUACUUUAUGGAGUGUAGCAGUUUUAACACUCCAGAGCCACAUAAGGGAUUGGCAUUCCUCCCCAAGACAGAGUGCAAUGUGCGUGACGUGGAAGUAGCUGUGGGACUAAUGCUCACCAAGACGACUGUAGAACCAGUUGUUUUCAAAGUGCCCCGGGUCAAGAAAGAGUUUUUCCAGGAUGAUGUGUACCCGGACACAACAGUGUGGUGGGAACCAGCGCUCACCGCCUCCGCCUGGUUGUCAGGUUCCAACGGCCAGCAUAAGAAGAUCAGCCUGAAGCCUAACGACAUGACGCCAGUGAGUGAGGCCCCCAAAGAGGCUCCAGUGAGGAAGUACAUGCCGUCGUCUUAUUACCUCGAGGAGAAAACUGAUGAACAGAAGAAAGAGGAGCUGCUCAGUGCCAUGGUGGCCAAGCUGGGGAACCUGGACGAACCCCUGCCACAGGAGGCCUUCGAGGGGGUCGAUGAUGACGAGUGGGAUGACUAAGUGGGACGUCACAUGGCCUUUGGUGGAAUCACGGUGCCAACAGCAGAGAGGAGAGAUCAGCUCAUGUCUUGUGUUACAGCUUGUUUGUACAACAAUGCCACCGAGAUACCUGCUGCCUGUCAAUCUACCUGCGCACACAAAGAACACUGUACAAUGUGAAUCUUCAACAAAGUUUAUAUAAUCCAACAGGGAAUCAUGGGAGCUUCUAAUAUUACUGUGUGUCACAAAUCCGUUUUUAGUCAGGAAAUAAAAUACUAGUGGUUGGUGUUCAUCAUGUCAGACUGCAUGAAAUGUGAUAUAAAUGUCAUUUUCUGCAGAUAUUGAACUAAAUCAAUCUCAGAAGAAAACUGGAUACAUUAAGUCCUUGUUUCAGAUUGGCUGUCAGUUGUUUAUUGACAUCAUACAGGUGACCAAAGCAAUAAUAUUUCCGCAUUACCAGUGAAACUAGAUGUGAUGAGUUUUGAUUUACUCUCGUAUACAAUAAAAAAAAAUAGGUCUUUUUGUCUGUGGUAAGUGCUAUUGUAAAGGCAUGAUAAACCAUGCUCAGCUGUCCUGCUUAAAAAUUAACUUUCCUACUUUAAUUGAAGUUUAUGUCUAGCAUCAGAGUUCCUUAUUGUGCAUUAUUGUGUGCAAAAUGUCGGAGAAACUGCACACAUUUCCCUCCACAGUGAAUCGACUACCGCUUGCUUUUUUACUGGCCAGUCGUGUGAGCAUGCUCAGUCACAGUGUGUCUUUUGAAAAUGUAAAAUGACCAAUAAAUGUUAAUAUAAUCACUGAAAAGGUGAACAACAAGCAGAUAAAAAUGAAAACAAACUUGUCUUCCUGUUUAACCGGGUAACAGAAACACGCCAAAACACAAUUACUGUAACACGUUUAAGCCUUCAGCAGCACAAACUACACCGAGGAAACAACAGGGUCACCAGUGUUCGUGUUUAAUCAUGAACUGGAUUUUUUAACGACAACAACACAGAAAAUGUUUGUUUUCUUUGCCAAUGUUUGAUUUAACAUGCCAUUUUCACAUAAUAAUGUGUUGCUUUACUUGUAUCUGUUAGAUUUGAGUGAAUGUUAAGUCAUUCAGUUGUAGUUUUAGUGCUCUAUAUGUAAAGGUGAAAGGUUAAAAAUGUACGGUUUUGAUGUAUUGAAAGCCAAACCACUUCCUUUAUGGAGUUUUUAGAGAGGCCUUUGAGUUGUAAACGGUAAUCGUUUUGUAUUUUGUUGGAACUUAUAUUUCAUGUUGGGUGGGCAAUUGAUUUUUUAAUCUUGAUCUUCUGUUGGUGUUGAGACUGUUUGGGGAUAUUCCUCACUAAAUGAGCUAAUUUUGUUAUCUAAUGUUUAUUAUGUAACCAUGGAGUGUACUGGACCUUAACAGUAAUAGUAUUAAUGACUUACAAUCCAUUAAAGCCAUCAUGUCAUUUCUAAUCAGGGCAACAGCAAUAUUCUCAAUAACCCAGGCUUCAAUCUACUGUGUUGUUUACCUCUGAUGAACUGAAAGAACAAUUCAACCAGGCAUGGUCACGCACAUCAUGUUUUACACAUGAACUGCAGGUGUUGUCAGUGUUAAGAGUGAUGUACAUGUGCUUGUGAUUCUUAAAUGCGACAAUGUGUAGUUUUGGGAUAUUAACUGGAUUUCCAUUGUGCUUAAAAAAUCCUUUUUAUACAGUAAGUAAAACGUUGUUGUUGUGCUUGUGUCACAAUAAACACCAUUUGAACCUA